AUGGCUGCAGGUCGCAGCACCAGGGCGGCGCUCGCGCUGUCCCAGAUGAUGAUGGUCGUCCUUUUCGUGGUGCUCUCACUGGCCAGGGGGGCACUGGGGGCUGACGCCCCUGCCCCGGGCCCCGGCCCCAUCGCCGGCAUGGCGUGCCUCCGCCAGCCGCCCGCCGCCGCCUUCCUUGCCCCCGCGGUGCUGCUGCUCGGGUAUCUCCGCCAUUGA